UCUCCACCUUACUCCAUUUCAAUUCCUUCUCUACUAAACAUCAUACACUGUGUUCUUCUUUUAGAUGGCCACCGCAUCCAACCUUAACCUUAAUCUCAACCUUAACCAUGUCUUUCUUCGCAAACACCCCAAGGCUGUCACGUGGCCCACACGCGCCCCGUCACUGAGUCGCCGCGGAAACCGGGCGGCGUCGCUGGUGGUGACGCGCGCCAUCGACACGAACCAGUUCCUGGGGGACUUCGGUGCCAGGGACCCUUUUCCGGCGGAAUUGGAGAGCUCCUUCGGAGAGAAGGUGCUGGGAUACGGCAGCACCGAACACAGAAUCCUCAUCCCCAAUAUCUCUGCUCUCUCUCUCGCGCAGCAGGACUGUGCUCCCAUUUCCCCUUUGCAACCCCCCAUCUCAGAACAGGACGCUCAGAUGCUCGUCAGAAAGGUUGUGGGUUGGAGACUUGUGAAUGAGGAAGGUAGACAUAAACUUCAGUGCUUGUGGAAAUUGAGAGAUUUUAAAUGUGGAGUUGAACUAAUUAACAGGAUCUCUAAGGUUGUUGAGGCUGCAGGCCAUUUCCCUAAUAUCUACUUGGAACAACCAAAUCAAGUCAGGGCAGAACUAUGGACAGCUUCCAUUGGAGGUUUAAGUAUGAAUGAUUUUAUUGUUGCUGCAAAGAUAGACGAAAUAAAGACAUCAGAUCUUGCCCCGAGGAAAAGGGUUUGGGCAUAAAGACCUCUUGAGCACCAUAAAACAAUUUACCAUGAUAUUUUCUUCUACAUAGAAUUACCACUAAUUUGUGUUAUUUGAUUAAAUCUAUUAAUUCUUUACUCAUCAUGUCUGUAGUGUCAUAUCUAUUUUUGUUUGGUAAGAAUAUUCAGGGUUCAACUAAGGAUCGAACACAAUGAUUUAUGACCCUAUUAAUUUGUGUGAAAAAGUAUGCAAUUUGGACAUGGAAUCUGCGAAA